AAUGGCAGAGAAGAGAGUGAUACCAGCUGAUACAUUUACUAGUGUAAUGUCACUUGCCAAAAUGGGAGUACCCCUUCUCCCUGAACAAUUUGUUCUUCCACCAUCACAACGCCCAAACCCUAGUCUUUCCCUGCAACCCUUCAUCGCCCUGCCCACUAUCGAUGUUUCCUCUUUAAACCACCCUUCUCGUAGAUCUAGGGUGGUUGACGAGGUUCGCGUGGCCUGCAAGGAACUUGGGUUCUUCCAGGUGAUUAACCAUGGAAUUCCUCCUUCAGUCACGCAUGGUGCCCUUGACUCGGCAGCAGAAUUUUUUAACUUGCCAAUUGAGGAGAAGAUGCAACUCUUUUCCGAGAAUGUUCAUGAGCCUGUGAGAUAUAGCACAAGCUUGAAUCAUGAUAAGGACAAAGUUCGGUUCUGGAGAGACUUCAUAAAGCACUACUCUAAUCCAAUCUCAACUUGGAUUGAUCGUUGGCCUUCAAAUCCCCCAUGUUACAAGGAGAAUAUGGGAACCUAUGCAAAAGCAUUGCAAGUACUACAAAAGCAGCUAAUAGAAGUUGUUUUUGAAAGCUUAGGACUACACAACGAUUACUUACAUGAGGACAUCGAAGAAGGAUCACAGGUCAUGGCUGUGAAUUUCUACCCGGUAUGUCCAGAACCAAAUCUUGUGCUAGGCUUGCCGCCACACACCGACUACGGAACCCUAACCAUCCUACUCCAGAGUUGCCCAGGGCUGGAUAUCAUGGACCAUGAUAAGAAGUGGCAUCCCAUACCAGCUAAUGAAGGAACCCUAAUAGUUCAAUUAGGGGACCAAAUGGAAGUUAUGAGCAAUGGCAAAUACAAAAGUGUCAUUCAUCAAGCUACGGUAAACGCUGAAAAGAAGCGUUUCUCCAUUGCCAGCCUGCACAGUCUAGGCUUACAGAAGAAAGUUGGACCCGCAAUGGAGCUUGUCAAUGAAAAAAACCCAGCAUGUUACAAAGAGGGGAGCUUUGGAGGUUUUCUCGAUCACAUCUUAAAGAAUGAUCUCACAGCCAAGGAAAAGUACAUCGACACACUGAAGAAUAAACCUUGAAAGGAAGUGGAUGCAGUAGGGAAACCUGAUGUAGUUUAAAUCCUGUUCAUGAAAUAAGCAGUUCUAUGUUUUCUCUCUCCCUCUUUCUCAACCUCUAUUGAUCGACCUAUCUGCCUUUUUAGCAGUUAGC